AUGGAAUAUAUAGAUUAAAAUUUAUUUAAACUAGUUGAAGUAAAAUAAAAGUUGGUAAAGCAUAUAAAAGGUAGGGAGAAAUUAAGAGAGCAACUCAAAGAUAAAAGCGUCUAAAUGCAUGAUAAUUAGCAAAGUCUUAUUUCUAAUAUGAAGGAAAAUGAUAUACCUAAUAAUAUAACCUCAAAUAUAGAUAAAAUGAUUAAAGAGUUAAAACAAUAUGGAUUUGAUGAUUUUAAAUUUUUAGGAAAAGGACAAUAAGGAAAUGUUUUGUUAGCAAAAGAAUAAAAAACAAAUAGGAGAUACGCAAUCAAAGGUUUUCUUAUAAAACAUGAUAAUGGAGAAAUUAUAGAAGACCAUUUAAAAUCAGCAAAUAAAGAAAUAGAGAUGCUUUAAUAAUGUAAAGGCUCCCCUUUUGUGGUUAAUAUUUUUAGAUAAAUAGAUGGAUAAUAUUUCAAAUACUUAAUUCUUAAUGAGUGUUAAGGAAGUUUAAACUAAAUACUCGAUAAAUAAUCAAAUAAAUUGUUAAACGAAAUAACUGCAAUCAAAUAUUCUAAAGAUAUUGCAGAAGGACUUCUACAUAUUCAUUCCAAGAAGUGUGUUGCUAAUGACCUGAAGAUGGAUAAUAUUUUAAUUGACUACAACGGAAAUGCAGUAAUUUGUGAUUUUGGAUUAGCAGAUUAACUUACAAAAACAAAUGGCUUUAGCAUAAAUGAAUAUAAGGGUAAUUAUUAAUAUUGUGCACCAGAAUGUUGUUUAGAUAGUGAAAUUUAUGAAUAUCCUAAAGAGUAUUAAAAAUAAUAAAUUCUAAUAGAAACAAAUCCUACUCCAAAAAGUGAAGCUUUUUCUUUGGGUUACAUAAUUUACUAUAUGAUCCAUUAGUCAGAAGCAUAUAAAGCUGUAUUAAAUAAACAUAAGUCUUUGGAUUUUAAAGGAUUUGAAAAUUUUAUUUAUAAUAGAUAACUUUAAUAUAUAAUCAAGAAAUUAACAAAAUUUGAUCCAAAUAAAAGAAUAGAGAUAAAAGAUGCUCUGAUUAUACUGAAAGGAAUUAUUUCACAUGAAUUCAAAUUAGAUUAGAAAUUUAUUAAGACUAUGGUGGAUGAUGAUCAAGGAGUAACCUAAUAAUAUAUUAGAUAAAUCAAAAAAGAUAUAGAGUUUAUCUAGUGUUCUGAAAAUACAUUUUAUCCUAUCAUUCAAAAUGAAAAGGAAUUUGUACAAGCAUUAGAUUCAUAUGUUCCCAUGCUUCAAAAAUAAAUUAAGGAUCUCACAAAAAAAACAGAAGAACUCUAAAAUUAAAAUCUGAUUUUAGAACAGGAAAAAAAUUAAUUAUUAAAUUAAUUAGAUCAAUAGAAUAUAUUCUAUAAUAACAGGCAAUAAGAUUUUUAAAAUUUAGAAGAAAAAAAGAAUUAAUUACAAAAGAAAUUAGAUUAAUUGACUUUGUAAAACGAUACCAUGCAAUAAUAUUGUUAAAAUUUAGAACAGGAAAAAAAUCUAUUACAAUAAUAAUUAGUUUAAUAGACUGGGAUGUAUCGUAUCUAAGAAUAAUUUUAUUUAAAUUUAGAACAGAAAAAUAACGAAUUACAAAAAUAAGUAGAGAAUUACAUUAAAUAAAUUCAUAACAAGGAGUAUUUUUUUAAAAAUUAAUUAUCUCAUGAAAAAGAACUUUAUGAAGCUGAAAUCAAUAAAUUAAAAAACAUGGAUUUAGAAAAUCAAUUGGGAUAUAAACAAGGAAUUAACUAAACUUAUUAAUCUAAUAAAGCUAGAUAGUCAGAAAAUAUUUCAAAUGUACAACAAUAAUAAAAAAAGCUAGAGUAAAAAAUUUCUAAAUUAAAAUAAUAAAAUAAAUUGUAAAUUUGUUCUACUUGCAAUAUUAAUGAAAGAGACAUUUUUAUAAAUGAUUAUUAAAUUUGCUCUCACUGCUUAAGAAAAUAAUUUUUUAAAUUAGCUUGA